AUGGGAAGGGCUCCUUGUUGCGAAAAAAUAGGGGUAAAGAGAGGGAGAUGGACUACCGAGGAAGAUGAGAUCCUCACUAACUAUAUUCAGACCAACGGUGAAGGUUGUUGGAGGUCUUUGCCUAAGAAAGCCGGAUUGUUGAGAUGUGGAAAGAGCUGUAGACUAAGGUGGAUAAACUAUUUGAGAAUGGACUUGAAAAAGGGCAAUAUCACAGCCGAGGAAGAAGACACCAUCUUCAAGUUGCAUUCCCUUCUCGGCAACAGAUGGUCUCUUAUUGCAACACAUCUACCAGGAAGAACAGACAACGGAAUUAAAAACUAUUGGAAAUCACAUCUUAGCCGCAAAAUUUACUCUUUCACUGCCGUCAAUGAUUUAGUACUAAAGAAGUCUUCUUCUUCUUCUUCCUCUGGAGUGGAAACCAAUAACAAUAUCAAAAAGAAGAAGGGAAGAACUAGUAGGUCAUCCAUGAAGAAACACAAGCAAAUGGUGACGGCCUUGCAAUGUUUCCAACCAUCCAAAGACUUCGAGAGUGAGAUCAGUGAUGGAGGGCACAAUGGUAAUUCGAAGGAGAGUCUUUGGAGCCAUACGAGUGGUUAG